CCUGAGCAGAGCCCAGCCGGCUGGCCCGACUGGCCUUCGUCGUCCCUUGGCGCCCUGGGAGAGUGGCUGACGGGUGGACGACGGACUGCCUGAGGACGGCCGGCCAGGGCAGUGAAAGCGCCGGCCCAAUGGCACGGGUCGCGUGAGGCGGAAGGCCGAGUGCGGCCGGCGGCGGCGGCGGCGGCGCCCGCCCCAGCGAUGCGGGCCCCGCCCGUAGCCUCAGGUGCCAUUUGGAUUGUACUUUAGUGGCACAAUGUACUCUGAGUGGAGGUCACUGCAUUUGGUGAUUCAGAAUGAUAAAGGCCAUACCAGUGUGCUGCACAGCUAUCCAGAGAACGUUGGGCGAGAGGUGGCAAAUGCUGUAGUCCGUCCUCUUGGGCAGGUGUUAGGUACCCCUUCAGUGGCUGGUAGUGAGAGUUUGUUAAAAACUGACAAAGAAGUAAAAUGGACCAUGGAAGUAAUUUGCUAUGGACUGACCCUUCCAUUGGAUGGAGAGACUGUAAAAUACUGCGUUGAUGUAUAUACAGACUGGAUUAUGGCUUUAGUGUUGCCGAAAGAUUCUAUUCCAUUGCCAGUUAUUAAAGAGCCGAAUCAAUAUGUUCAAAGUAUACUAAAACACCUACAAAAUCUUUUUGUACCAAGACAGGAACAGGGUUCCAGUCAGAUUCGACUAUGCUUACAGGUCCUGAGAGCCAUUCAGAAACUGGCCCGUGAGUCAUCUCUCAUGGCCCGAGAAACCUGGGAAGUCUUACUGUUGUUUCUUCUGCAGAUUAAUGACAUACUUCUGGCCCCACCAACUGUUCAAGGUGGCAUUGCUGAGAAUCUAGCAGAGAAGUUGAUCGGUGUUCUCUUUGAGGUGUGGUUACUAGCUUGUACUCGGUGCUUCCCAACACCUCCUUAUUGGAAAACAGCCAAGGAGAUGGUGGCUAACUGGAGGCAUCACCCAGCAGUGGUGGAGCAGUGGAGCAAGGUCAUUUGUGCGCUCACUUCCAGAUUGCUACGCUUUACGUAUGGUCCUUCAUUUCCUCCAUUUAAAGUUCCCGAUGAAGAUGCCAGUCUGAUCCCUCCAGAAAUGGAUAAUGAGUGUGUUGCACAGACAUGGUUUCGCUUUUUACAUAUGUUAAGUAAUCCUGUGGAUUUGAGUAACCCAGCUAUUAUAAGCUCUACUCCCAAAUUUCAGGAACAGUUCUUGACUGUGAGCGGAAUGCCGCAAGAAUUGAAUCAGUAUCCCUGCCUUAAACAUCUGCCUCAAAUAUUUUUUCGUGCCAUGCGUGGAAUCAGCUGUCUGGUGGAUGCAUUCUUAGGCAUUUCUAGACCCCGAUCAGACAGUGCUCCCCCAACACCCGUGAAUAGAUUAAGUAUGCCUCAAAGUGCUGCUGUCAAUACCACCCCACCACAUAACCGGAGGCACCGGGCUGUUACUGUGAAUAAGGCCACCAUGAAGACAAGCACAGUUAGUACUGCUCAUGCCUCAAAAGUUCAGCACCAGACAUCCUCCACCUCUCCUCUGUCAAGUCCAAAUCAGACUAGUUCAGAACCCCGGCCAUUGCCUGCCCCUCGGAGACCAAAGGUUAACAGCAUCUUGAAUCUCUUUGGAUCAUGGUUAUUUGAUGCAGCAUUUGUUCACUGUAAACUUCAUAAUGGGAUAAACAGAGACAGCAGCAUGACUGCAUCUUUUAUCCAAAUUCUUCUUUCUUAUAAAUCUUCCAUUACAACACAAGCUAGCAUGGAGUUUCGACGGAAAGGGUCACAAAUGUCCACAGACACCAUGGUUUCCAAUCCUAUGUUUGAUGCAAGUGAAUUUCCUGAUAACUAUGAAGCAGGAAGAGCUGAGGCUUGUGGGACACUGUGUAGGAUUUUUUGUAGCAAGAAGACUGGAGAAGAGAUUCUGCCAGCUUAUUUAUCCAGAUUUUACAUGCUUUUAAUUCAAGGUUUGCAGAUAAAUGAUUAUGUGUGCCAUCCUGUCUUGGCCAGCGUUAUUCUAAACUCUCCUCCUUUGUUCUGCUGUGACUUGAAAGGGAUUGAUGUUGUGGUUCCUUACUUUAUUUCAGCUCUUGAAACCAUUUUGCCUGACAGAGAACUCUCAAAAUUCAAAAGCUAUGUAAAUCCAACAGAAUUGAGAAGAUCCUCCAUUAAUAUCCUGCUUUCUUUGUUGCCCCUCCCUCAUCAUUUUGGCACAGUCAAAUCUGAGGUGGUCCUGGAAGGAAAAUUUAGUAAUGAUGAAAGCUCUUCUUAUGAUAAACCAAUAACUUUUCUGUCCCUGAAGUUGAGACUUGUGAAUAUAUUAAUAGGUGCCUUGCAAACAGAAACGGACCCCAACAACACCCAAAUGAUACUAGGGGCAAUGUUAAAUAUUGUUCAAGAUUCAGCACUUUUAGAAGCCAUCGGUUGCCAGAUGGAGAUGGGUGGUGGAGAAAAUAACCUGAAGAGUCAUAGUCGCACUAAUAGUGGUAUUAGUUCAGCAAGUGGCGGAAGCACGGAGCCCACAACUCCCGAUAGUGAGAGACCCGCUCAAGCUCUCUUAAGAGAUUAUGGAUCGACAGCUCUUAAUACAGAUUCAGCUGCUGGGCUCCUGAUUCGCAGCAUUCAUCUCGUCACUCAAAGACUCAACUCCCAGUGGCGCCAAGACAUGAGCAUAUCACUGGCAGCUCUAGAGCUCCUCUCUGGCCUUGCAAAGGUAAAAGUGAUGGUUGACUCAGGAGACCGGAAGCGAGCCAUCAGUUCUGUGUGUAGCUACAUUGUUUAUCAAUGUAGUCGGCCAGCUCCUCUUCACUCCAGGGAUCUGCACUCCAUGAUAGUGGCAGCUUUUCAGUGUCUCUGUGUCUGGCUGACAGAGCACCCUGAUAUGCUUGAUGAAAAGGACUGCCUUAAGGAAGUACUGGAGAUUGUGGAACUGGGUAUUUCAGGAAGUAAGUCCAAGCACAGCGAGCAAGAGGUCAAGUACAAAGGAGAUAAGGAGCCAAACCCUGCAUCUAUGAGGGUAAAGGAUGCUGCUGAAGCCACCCUAACAUGCAUUAUGCAGUUGCUUGGCGCAUUUCCUUCACCUAGUGGUCCUGCCUCUCCUUGUAGUCUUGUGAAUGAGACCACUUUGAUUAAAUACUCCAGGCUGCCAACCAUAAACAAGCAUAGUUUCCGGUACUUUGUCUUGGAUAACAGUGUCAUCCUGGCAAUGCUGGAACAACCUCUUGGAAAUGAGCAGAAUGAUUUUUUCCCCUCUGUCACUGUGCUGGUCCGGGGGAUGUCUGGAAGACUUGCUUGGGCGCAACAGCUUUGUCUUUUACCCAGAGGAGCAAAAGCAAAUCAGAAGCUUUUUGUGCCUGAACCUCGCCCAGUUCCUAAAAAUGAUGUUGGAUUUAAAUAUUCUGUGAAACAUCGGCCAUUUCCUGAAGAGGUGGACAAGAUUCCUUUUGUGAAAGCAGAUCUCAGCAUUCCAGAUUUGCAUGAAAUAGUCACUGAAGAAUUAGAAGAAAGACAUGAAAAAUUAAGGAGUGGCAUGGCCCAGCAGAUUGCUUAUGAAAUACACCUUGAGCAACAGAGUGAGGAGGAAUUGCAGAAGAGAAGUUUUCCUGACCCAGUUACGGAUUGCAAGCCACCACCUCCUGCCCAGGAAUUCCAGACAGCCCGCCUUUUCCUCUCACACUUUGGAUUUUUGUCCUUAGAAGCAUUGAAGGAACCUCCAAAUAGUCGUCUACCUCCUCACCUUAUUGCACUUGAUUCCACGAUACCGGGGUUUUUUGAUGACAUUGGGUAUCUGGAUCUCUUGCCAUGUCGUCCUUUUGACACAGUUUUUAUUUUCUAUAUGAAGCCAGGUCAGAAAACGAACCAAGAGAUUUUAAAGAAUGUGGAGUCUUCCAGAACUGUUCAGCCCCAUUUCCUAGAAUUUUUGCUUUCCCUUGGCUGGUCAGUUGAUGUGGGCAGACACCCUGGUUGGACUGGGCAUGUUUCCACCAGUUGGUCUAUUAAUUGUUGUGAUGAUGGUGAAGGAUCUCAACAAGAAGAAGUGAUUCCCUCUGAAGAUAUUGGAGCUAGCAUUUUCAAUGGACAGAAGAAGGUGCUGUAUUAUGCUGAUGCCCUUACGGAAAUAGCUUUUGUGGUUCCUUCUCCUGUGGAGUCCUUAACUGAUUCAUUGGAAAGUAACAUCUCAGAUCAAGAUAGUGAUUCAAAUAUGGAUCUUAUGCCAGGAAUUCUGAAACAGCCAUCCCUGACACUUGAGCUUUUCCCCAAUCAUACAGACAAUCUUAAUUCCUCACAGAGGCUCAGUCCCAGUUCCAGAUUGAGGAAGCUGCCUCAGGGUCGCCCUGUUCCUCCCCUUGGACCUGAGACAAGAGUUUCUGUAGUCUGGGUGGAGCGCUAUGAUGAUAUAGAAAACUUUCCCCUCUCAGAGCUGAUGACAGAGAUCAGUACUGGUGUGGAAACUACUGCAAAUAGUAGCACUUCACUGAGAUCUACGACUCUUGAAAAAGAAGUUCCUGUCAUCUUCAUCCACCCUCUAAACACUGGAUUAUUCCGGAUAAAAAUUCAAGGAGCCACUGGAAAAUUUAACAUGGUCAUCCCUCUUGUGGAUGGGAUGAUUGUCAGCAGGCGAGCUCUUGGCUUUCUGGUAAGGCAGACUGUAAUUAACAUUUGUAGAAGAAAGAGACUGGAGAGUGACUCCUACAGUCCACCCCAUGUCCGCCGGAAACAGAAAAUCACCGACAUUGUCAACAAGUACCGGAACAAGCAGUUGGAGCCAGAGUUUUAUACUUCACUUUUCCAGGAGGUUGGACUCAAGAACUGCAGUUCUUAGACCACUGAAUUUCUAAGACUGUUGAACCCCCGUUUGGGAACUAUAACACAGCAGAACAGUUUGAUAGGUGAUCACUGUAAAAAUAAAAACGAAUCACUCCCAAGAGCUUACUGUUUAAUCACCAGAAUAGAAGAAACACAUUGUAACCCAUUUGAUAGAAGACUUUUGGCUAUCUAGUGAAAUAGCCUCCCAGACACAAUCAUAUUCCUGCUGAUAAUGAUGACAUACAUUUUAGCCAUAAACUUUCUUUUAAAAGUGACAAUUUUAGUUAAACCAAAGCCUUUUGAGGAGAAAGGCUUUUAUGCAUCUCAGUUAUACACGUGCAUUGGUAGUAUCAACAAAUUUGCAAUAUAGAAGUUGAAGCUAGUUUUAUACCUCACUUUUUAGGAGGUUGUAUUAAAAAAAAAUCUGUCUCAGAAUCUUCCAGGACAUUUAAAGACUCAUGUUGAUAGCAUGGAGGAGAAGGAAAGAAGUCUCAGCCUUCUACUCACUUGUAGGUCUACUUGUCAUCCAGCUGUCAAACUGACAAAAAGGAAAUAGGAUAACAUGUUUUUUUCUCAGAUAAGAAGCCUGACAUUAAAAUAUGUCAUAUUUUUUUCUCCACAUUUCAGGAAGUUGUCCUUGUCAUCACUGCACAGAUCUGUCUGAAAGCCUCAGUUUCUGGGCCACCCAGCAACAGAUCAGAAAUGGCGCAUGGCGUUGUCCUUUAAUGGGGAUGCAAAUAAAGUUUGUGGGGUUAAAAGUUAUAAGACAGCAGUGAUACCCCCACUCUCUCCAUUAUUGUCCAGCAGGGUGACGUAAUGACAGGUUAAACAUUUGUGAUUCAUUAAUUAAAUAUCAUUUGAAGAAAUGUAAUUCACAGUAGGGGUUGAAAAUUAUUUGGUUUCAUCUAUUAUCUCUUAUUUCAGGACCAAGCAGCAAACUGCAGUAGUUUAUGAAGGAUUCUAGUUUGGGGUUCAGGAAUAGCCUCUCAACGCUCCUUAUUCAGAUCUUUCCCAGAGAACUACUCGAUUUCCUUGUAAUUGACAAACAUGAGUGACCACCUCUUUGGGUGGCUACUGUUAGAAAUGGCUAACAGUUGUUGUCAUCUUUUCUGGACUUUAGUUAGCCAACAGAUCCCUGCCAGGUUUUGGAAAUACUUCUGUUACCUCGCUGCUACUUUUCUGCAGGGAUAAAACUUUUGAGGUGGCCAGACCCAGAACAUCCUUACAAGGAUUCCUGUUACAGUGCUACAGCAUACACUGCUCAUUUACCCUAUUCUCAUGUGCUUUCUUAUUUAGUAAGAUUAUUUUAUGUUAAGAAAAUAAGUGAUAUUUGAAGUCCAAAGAGGAAUGAUCACAGUUGUAUAAGAGGUGUUUUCUCACGUGAACUCUGAUGUCAGUAGACUCUAUAGGUCAAAGCUACAACAAUCUGUUUGGGUUGAUGUUUUGGUAGUUUACUUAGGGGGCGGGGAUAGUGUGGGACCUAAUUCCCUGUGCAAAUGUCUCUUAUUCCAGAAAUAUGCAUUUGCCAUCUGUGAGCAAGAAAUAUGGGCAUAGCAGCUCUUGGUUUAAAGUUUGCCAUAACCUUUUCUUCAUGUUUGUUUUAAGCUCAGGUAAAGAUAACCUCCUCUUUCUAUGACUCCAGUUUCCAUUCAGGUUAUAGUAUUAUUCAAUAGUUGAUUUUCUUUUUAAGCUGGGCAAUAAAUUGAUGUUUCCAGAUGGUAGCAUGGGAGAGGGCAUAAUGGGAUAAAGAUGAGCAAAUUCUACCCUAAAAAUGUUCUACUGGUUCACAGGAAGAAGAUGAGGUUUAACAACUUUUAAGGUAAUUCUAGAUUGACAUUUUGAGGGGAAAAUGGGCUCUUGUUUUAGUUGAAGUGAGCAGAGAAGGCUGUAAAUUGAUUGUAACGUAACAUUCCAGAGGUUAAAAAUAACUGAUGUAGAUGCACUUCUUCAGUGUGAUUCUUCAGAUCAAACUUUUACCUUGGCAUAGUUAAUGUCAGAAAAAUGUGCUGUGUGUGUAUGAGGGUUGGGUUUCCUGACCCUUGAGUUAGCUCUAAUUUCUGGCAACUCCUUGUAAUUCCAAUGUAUUUGAUAAGUGAACAACCAUGUUGAAUGCAUUUGUGAUCUGGGAGACUCCCUGGUCUUCCAGGGAAGGAAAGAUGUGCAGCCCUUGAAGGCAUGAAACUUCUAAUGUGUACGGAGCCAGUGGAAUAUGGGAUACACAUACCUACCAGGCACUGGUUCCUUCUGCUCAAAAUAACAUCUGCCCAAAGAGGGAGUGUGGUAAGAACCCUUAGAUCCAGUCUUUCACUAAUAUGGAUUUGAGUUCAUGGUCACUAUGUUUAUCUACCUGUCUGUGUUAAAAAAUCACUGAGUAAAAUAGCACCAGAGGAACCUAUUUAGUACAUAAUAUUAAUAUUUAGUAGUCUGUUUGAUAAAUUUGCCAGCAUAUGUUCUAGCCUUUCAGGCAAAGUCAGGACCACGUUCGUCUGUGGCUUAAACAGCUCAGUCGCUAUGUCCGUUGGCUAUGCCGGGGGGUGGAUGAGUGUGGCAUUCUAUGAAGAGGAAGGUGGUAAGUAAGGUUGCCCAUCUACUGCUGCCUUAAAUUGGAGGAGGGAGCUUUUCUCCUCCUCUCUGAUUGGGUGCACUGAGGUCAGUGAGGAGGGCUUUUACCUUGUUAACCCUUUCCUUGUUUAACUAGCUUUCCUUUUUGUCUAGGACUUCUUCCUGAGACCCUCUUCCAUCCACUGGGCCUUUUAAAGGACUCAUUACAUGUUGGGUUGACCCCCUUUUUUUUGCCAGCACGUGCGUGCACACACACAUGCAUACUCAUGCACAUUUUCUGUCAUUUCCAAGUCCUUUAUUUCAGGGCAGCCAUUUUCCUCUGGACUCAUUAAUAAAUACAAAUACCCACACCUUUGGCCAGUAAUGUUGGUUCCCUGCAGGUUCUGUGUAUGAGGCCUUAGUGAAUGGUUACUUUCUCCAUAUACUAGGGAAGCAUUUGUCAGACUCUGCAGACUGGGUUCUAGAGAGGCAGAGUCUUUAGGAGUACUCAUUUCUUCUGGAAGGUGGAGCUUUACCCAAAGUGGAAGUUAGCUUUGCUCAAAGAUGUGUUUUGUGGUAGUUGGUAAAAAAAAAAAACCUAUUGGAGAUAAUUUGACACUCCUGCUGGCAGUAGUUCUCCAUUCACCAUUUUAAAGCCCAUUCAGGUUCUAUCUUCCUAAAAAAAUUGAUUGCUGUGUUUACAUGAAAUGAUGAUUGGCGUCAGAUGGUCUGUUUUAAAGAUUUCCAUGACAGCCUCUUUUCCUGAGUUGGAGAGAUUGGAGGUGGUCCAUCCAUACAAUGUGGAAUCAAACGGUGGGUUUCUUAGUAGCUAAAGAAGCCAUGUACUUAUAGUGUUUUUCUCCGAAUAUCAACUCAGAAUAUCAACUCAUGUUCUUCAGAUGCUUUUCUUUUUUUAAUGGUAAGGGAAAAGGUGUAAUUUGGGAUUCCACAGUGCCUUGCUUAUAGUAGGCGCCCAAUAAAUACAUGUUGAAGCAAACCAAGUUUCCCAAGUUCUCAUCUCUUAACAGUGACCAAGACAUCUUUCUCCUCCGAAGGGCUUGGCAGUUGUGGCUAAAAAAUAAGCAGUAUCAUUAUUUGCUUGAAAAUCAUAUAUACAGUUUGUAUGAAUUUCAGUAUGUUGCCAAGACAUGAUCUUUUUCUUACUGUAUUUUCUGUAAAUAUUUCUGGCACUGAACUGUAAAGUAAAGGCAAAGUGUAAAUAUGAAGGCCUGCCCGUGCCCCUUGCCUCCUAUGUUUCAUCUUCGUCAGUUAGGGAAGAAGGUCCAGAGGUUUGUUUGUAUUUAUGCCGAUCCUUUGUCCAGAAGAAACCCAUGGAAUAUUGAAUGUAAUACAUUUAGUCAAUUAAAUUUUAAGGCGAUUCUUAUCUAA